CUGAUUGGUUAUUGCUAGGGGACAGAAGCCUCUAUAAAGCCUUUACACACCGCUACAUCUUCAAUUUCAGCCUUUUUUUUUCAUCCCAGUCGGAGCAUAGUGUAAAUUUUUACCCAGUUGAAUCUUAACGUAGACUUAAUUUGUCCUAUUUGUCGGCGGUUAAACUGCCGGAGACGAUAUAAUGUAACGUAGCUUGUUUCCUGCGGUCUGUUUAUCAGGUGUGACAGACGAGUGUCUGAGGAGAGCCGUACAAAUAUGAUCACCAAAAAAUAUGAGUACUUCACAUCCAUAUUCUCCAUCAGGCUACAACGUCACCUGUUUGAUUUAUCCUUGAGUUCAUGAACUUCAAACUGGCUGAAAUGGACGAACAAAGUGUUGAGAGCAUCGCCGAGGUGUUUCGCUGCUUCAUCUGCAUGGAAAAGCUGAGGGAUGCUCGUCUCUGUCCACACUGCUCCAAACUCUGCUGCUUCAGCUGCAUACGCCGUUGGUUGACAGAGCAGAGAGCCCAGUGUCCACACUGUCGAGCUCCGCUCCAGCUGAGGGAGCUGGUGAACUGUCGCUGGGCAGAAGAAGUCACCCAGCAGCUGGACACUCUGCAGCUCUGCAACCUAACCAAGCAUGAGGACAACGACAAGGACAAAUGUGAGAACCACCACGAGAAGCUGAGUGUUUUCUGUUGGACCUGCAAGAAAUGCAUCUGCCACCAGUGUGCUCUGUGGGGAGGCAUGCACGGUGGUCACACCUUCAAGCCUCUGGUGGAGAUUUACGACCAGCAUGUGACCAAGGUGAAGGAGGAGGUUGCCAAGCUUCGCCGUCGCCUCAUGGAGCUCAUCAGUCUGGUGCAGGAAGUGGAGAGAAACGUUGAGGCCGUGAGGGGAGCAAAGGACGAGCGCGUCAGAGAAAUACGAAACGCUGUCGAAAUGAUGAUCGCUCGUCUGGACAAUCAGCUGAAGAACAAGCUCAUCACUCUAAUGGGCCAGAAGACGUCCUUGACCCAGGAGACGGAGCUGCUGGAGUCUCUGCUGCAGGAGGUGGAGCAUCAGCUUCACUCCUGCAGUAAGAGCGAACUCAUCUCCAAGAGUCCAGAGAUCCUGCUCAUGUUCCAGCAGGUGCACCGGAAACCCAUGCAGUCCUUCGUCACCACGCCGGUUCCUCCAGACUUCACCAGUGAGCUGGUUCCUGCUUAUGACUCCAGCACUUUUAUUCUGGUCAACUUCAGCACCCUGAGGCAGCGCGCUGACCCCGUCUACAGCCCCCCUCUGCAGAUAUCUGGCCUCUGCUGGAGACUUAAAGUCUACCCCGAUGGUAAUGGUGUCGUUCGUGGAAACUACCUGUCCGUGUUCCUUGAACUCUCCUCUGGACUUCCUGAAACAUCCAAAUACGAGUACCGCGUUGAGAUGGUCCAUCAGGCCUCCAGCGACCCGAGCAAGAACAUCAUUCGGGAGUUUGCCUCCGACUUUGAGGUCGGUGAAUGUUGGGGCUACAACCGCUUCUUCAGACUGGACCUUCUGGCCAGCGAGGGCUACCUGAACAUGCAGACCGACACACUGGUUCUCCGCUACCAGGUUCGCUCACCUACUUUCUUCCAGAAGUGUAGAGAUCAGUACUGGUACAUCAGCCAGCUGGAAUCAGCCCAAAGCGGCUACAUCCAGCAGAUCAACAACCUCAAAGAGAGACUGGCCAUCGAGCUGUUUCGCCGGCAGACGUCGCGCAGCUCCUCGCCCCCGGACCUGAGGCCGGCGACGGGCACCGCCACCUCGGAGAGAGACCCUCGCUCGGUGAAGAGCGACGACGACAUCCAGACCACCCUGAGCAACGCCAAGAAGGGCGACGACGAAGAGAGGACGCAGCACGACGACUCAAAUGAUCUGUCGGACGGGGACUUGGAGGUGGACUGUCUCACAGAGGAGGAGGUGAACCCGCUGGAUGGGAGCAGCACCUCCGCCAGCUCCACAGCCACCAGCAACACGGAGGAGAACGACAUAGACGAGGAAACCAUGUCUGGGGAGAAUGAUGUGGACUUCAUCGGCAACCUGGACACCGAGGAAGGAGAACUUCCUGAUGACUUGGCUGGAGCCACAGGUGGGUCCAGUGUGUGUCCUCUGCACAGCGCGUCUUCUUCUGGUCGUAGUGGCACCAGCGGCGGAGCAGCACCCGGAGGCGGCGCCGUCGGUCCGGGCGGCAACAGCCUCCUGGAGAUCGACCCGGUCAUCCUGAUCCAGCUGCUGGACCUGAAGGAGCGCAGCAGCGUGGAGACCCUGUGGGGGCUCCAGCCUCGGCCUCCGGUGUCUCUCCUGCACAGCCAGGUCCACCCCCACACGAGGAAGGAGCGGGAGCGGCGGCCUCAGGUGGUCCGGCGGUCGGCUCCGGACUCCAGGGUCCUGAUCCGCCUCAAGGCCCAGAUGGCCGAGGUCCGCAGCAAGAUGUCCGACGUCAAGAGCCAAGUGCUGGAGGCCCGGGGGUCCGGGGAGCCCAGGCCCGGCCCGUCGGGGGCCUUCGGCGCCGAGGAGAUGCCGUCUCACCUCGGGGACCCGGAGCUGUCGGCCUGUCGUAAGCCCGGCGAGCUGGACCUGGUGGGGAGAGCGGCCGCAGCUCGGUCCAGGCCCUGCCGCCCCGCCAGGAAGUCUCUGUCCCCCGUCCUGGACAGCGGCGGCGGCAGCAGCAGUUCUCUGGUGGUGAAGAGGAGGAGUCCAGAGGAGAUGGAUAAUAAAGACCUGAGAGGAGCUGAAGCUGCCGUGGAGCUCGGUCUUCACCCUAAAGACGUCAUGGCAGGAGCAGAGGGAGUCCUGCUGAAGGCUGACGGGCUCCAGGGGCCCCUGGUUUCCCUCGGCUCCACCUCAUCAGACCAGGCCUCCACCUCCAAGCAGCAGCAGCAGCAGCAGCAGCAGCAGCAGCAGCAGCAGCAGCAGCAGCAGCAGCAGCAGUUCUCAGGAUCCAGAGACGACAUCUUCACCUUGGGAGGAUCCAGUUACCUGACUGCCAGCAAGAACUGUGUCAGCCGGGGACUAGGGGCGGCCAUGUUGGACUGUGAAUCUGAGAGCUUAGGAAACUCCCAUCAGUCUUUGCUGGAGGCUCCUUCUGCUCAACCACAGUCCAUUGAAGAUCAUUCGACGUCUGUCCUGGUGGCGGCGACGAGCAGCGACAGCGACACCGAGGACGAAGCUCUGCAGAGCAACAACUCUCGCUACGACAACCACACUCCUCCCUGCACAGGAGAUCAGCUUCUCUCCGACGACAUGAAUCUACCGGCCGACAGGUGAUUCCCCCUGAGCCAAUCAGCUUUCACCUGGAGACGACGCACACGCGCGCGUUAGUUACUCAGAUGUCUAGAGUAGAAACUGCUUUGAAAAACCGCAUGAGCUCAAGAUGAAACCGAUGCAACAGGCUGAACCUGGAGAGAGUUGAUUAUGACCAAUAAUAAUAAUAAUAGUAAUAACUAAUAUUUAAUAAUAACAUAUCCAGGUGAUUGCACAGUAUUUCUAUCUGUAAAUACGGUGAAACUGUCUCUUUAAGAGAAGCAACGUCACAGUCUCAUGUUACAUUUUCCUCAUUCAGUGUUGAUUCUCAAUAGUUUCUUCAUGGUCAGUUCAGUAAAAACAUCAGAGGGAAAUUAUUUGUACUGACUCAAUCACUAAAUACGUUCAGGGCUCGUUUAUUUAUUUUAUUUUCCAAAUCUGAUUCUGUUUCUAUUUCACCUCCAGAAUAAAUGAGUUAAUGAGUCUGUACCCGGUUCACACAGUCGUACAGGUACAGAGUCUGAGCUUCACUAAUCAAACGCUCGGCUCUGGAGACGCUGCGACGUGUCGGCAGCGUAAAUCGUCGAACCGCCAGCUUUUCUUCUAAUUUAUGUAAAUGUCUUCCCUCUUGGACGCAUUUUAUUUUAUUUGCAUUUGAAAAGGCUAAAUGAUCUGGAUCAGAUG